AACAAUAAUCAUUACUACAUGAUCUGUCCUAUAUUUCACUUCACCAGGAUUUGAAUGUAGCCUUGAUAACAUAUCUAUCGUAAUGGAAUCAAAGUUCAAGUAGGGUUCGGAAGUUUGAAGUCAGUUGAAAUCCAGCCGUUGAUAUGUUGUUGGAAAUAUGUUUUGGGGUGGCGAUUGCAUGCAUAAUUACUUUGAGUUUUUCAAAUUAUGUUGUGGAUUGUAUCAGAUUUUCAAGGCUUUUAAGUAAGCUGCCAGGACCGAAACCACUGCCAGUGAUAGGAAACAUUUUGGAACUCGCGUGUGAAAGGGAGUUGUUUUUCAGAAAAAUCAGAAAAUGGAGCCAGGAGUAUGCCCCAAUGUAUAUUUUAUCAGCUUUCAAAUCCCCCGCCGUCAAUGUAUCAGGAGCUGAAACAUUUGAGGUUAUAGCUGGUUCUACAAAAAACCUACAAAAGUCUAUGGUAUACAAAUUUCUUAGACGUUGGUUGGGUGAUGGCCUAUUAACAACUACAGGCUCAAAAUGGCACACCCGUAGGAAAAUCCUAACUCCGGCCUUCCAUUUCAACAUUCUACAACAGUUCGUUAAAAUAUUCCAUGAAGAAACAAGAAAAUUAGUUGACACUCUCAAGAAGGAAGUAGAUGAACCUUGGACUGACGUUAUACCUCUUAUAUCACAGUUCACUUUGUUUACAAUUGCAGAGACCUCCAUGGGUAUAAAACUAAAUAUGGAAAACCGCGAACAUAGAGAAUACGUUGAGUCCAUAAACAAACUCGGCCCACUAAUCUUUCAUAGAUUACUGCGACCCUGGUUGCACAACAAUUUUCUGUACUAUCAUGCUUUCGUGAAUGGUUUCAAAGAACGAAAAUUGAUCAACACAAUACAUAGAUUCACAGACUCUAUCAUAGCGGAAAAACUGAAGAACUUCAAAAAGUUUGAAAAAGGAGAUGGGGAGUAUGACUUUUCUCAAAGGAAGAAGCUUGCUUUGUUGGAUCUACUCCUAAACGCCAAACUAGGUGAAGGAAUUAUCGAUGACGAAGGGAUAAGAGACGAAGUUAAUACUUUUAUGUUUGAGGGUUAUGAUACCACCUCUACGGCCAUUUGCUUCAUAUUGAUGUUAUUGUCAAUCCAUAAAAAUUGGCAGGAUUUGGUUCAUGAAGAAAUAUUGCAAGUCCUUGGAGAUUCAACAGAAGACCCUUCACUAAACGACUUGAAUGACCUAAAAAUCAUGGAAAGGGUCGUCAAAGAAUGUCUCAGAUUAUAUCCAAGUGUACCUUUUAUUGGUAGGCUGCUCGAAGAGGAUACAAUGAUCAAUGGAUUUCUUAUACCAAAGCAAACGCUGAUGCAUGUUCACAUUUUUGAUAUCCAUCGGAAUCCUAAAUAUUGGACGGAUCCCGAAAAAUUUGACCCCGAUAGGUUUUUAACUGAAAAUUGUGUUAACAGACAUCCUUUCGCGUAUGUACCGUUCAGUGCUGGACCUAGGAAUUGUAUAGGACAAAAGUUUGCAAUGCUGGAGAUUAAGGCAGUACUCUGUGGAAUCUUGAGAUAUUUUGCUUUGGAACCUCAAGAUACACCAGAUACCAUCAAAAUCGUACCAGACCUAGUACUGAGGACGACAGAUGGCAAAAUAAGAGUCAAAUUUAGAUCAAGACAAUGACGAAAUAUGAAUGAAAUCAAUCGUAAUUCUUUCAUAUGAAAAUUAAUUUUUAGUUCAGUGUUCCAUAACAGAUGGAGAAAUAAUGUUUUUUGAUCAAUAAAUAUAUGCAUUAACGGUA